AUGGCAGACCUCAAAUAUGACACGGAAUUUUGGGGGGUUAUUGGACAUCUUAUUGCGGGUGCCAAGAGCCCAGACUUUGACGAUCACAUUGCACUCAGAAUGCACAUGGAAGAAGUGUCUAGACAGCUCUUUCAGCAUGUGCCUCGACCAGCAGGUGUGUCAGAAACCAAAUACGAUAUUGUCUCUUUGGACGGGACCAAUAUCGCGCUGCACCGCUUCGCUCCCGAUUCUCUGAAGAAUGCUACAAGCCCUCAGCGGGCUGUCAUAUACCUUCAUGCUGGAGGCAUGAUCAUGGGAAGCAUUGAUAUGUUCAAGCCGCAAAUCGAGAACGACGCUGUUUUGAACGAAGUACAGUUUUUCGGCGUAGAAUACCGCCUUGCUCCUGAACAUCCUGCUCCCGCAGCCCUCGAGGAUACAUAUGCUGCGAUUCAAUGGAUACAAGCAAAUGCAAAAGAGCUCAACGUGGACCCGGCCAGGAUUGCUCUCAUGGGCCACAGUGCGGGAGGCGGCAUCGCUGCCGGAACAGCACUCAUGGCCAGAGACAAAGGACUGAGUCCUCCGCUUGCUAGACUGGUUCUGAUUUACCCCAUGCUCGAUGACCGGACAACUCUGGAAUCCGGGAAUGUGCUCGGAAAGUACCUGACGUGGACGUCGCAGAAUAAUGAUAUCGGUUGGAAGGCGUACCUCGGUGGCAGAGAGCGAGGUAACCGCGCUGAUGUGUCCAUCUAUGCGGCACCAGGCAGGGCUGAGAACUUGGAAGGGCUGCCACCGACUUAUCUCGAGAUCGGGGGUCUCGAUCUGUUCAAGGCAGAGAAUAUCGCAUUUGCAGGGAAGCUGGCGACGGCAAACAAUGGCGUAGAGUUUCACUUAUACGCAGGUCUGGUCCAUGGAUGGGACGGUAUAGCUCCAACGAUUCGGGCAUUCAAGCAAGCGGCGGAAAAUCGCAAGAGGGUUCUGGCAGACUUUUAG